GCAUGCGCGGUAGGUAUAACGACUGAAAUAUGAAAAAUGGCGAAGACCAAUUUGAGUCCCAAACAAGCGAGUAAGAAUCAUUGCGAGUCAGUGCCCUCUCGUAGGUUCUGAAGACCUCCCUCUGCCGGCUGCAGACGUUCUAAUAGACCUGAAAGAGAGUGCCAGGCGUAGACGGGCGAUGGAGAAAGGUUUGAGGACUUCCCCACGAAAGAAAACUCCCAAACACAUCACUCACAGCAGCUCACCAAAGAAGAGCUUGAAUCACUCUGCACUGAGCAGCCGAAAGCUUGACUUCUCGAAUGACUCGUCUGGCCUCCAGAACAGUGUGUCAGACAGCAGUGGAGGAGAGGGGGCUGAGAAUGGACUCAUGGAGAUUGAUGUCAAGCCUCUGAAUAGAUCUCUCACUGCCUCUCCUUCAAAGAGGUCACCGUCCAAGCUUCUUCGUUCUGAUCAAGCCACCCUACUUUCUGUGAGCAGUCGUUUCAGGAACCUGUUGAAGUUACCCAAAGCUCACAAGUGGUGCUAUUACGAAUGGUUCUACUCUGAUAUCGAUCAGCCAUUGCUGGUUGGAGAAAAUGAUUUCUGUAGAUGCCUUCAAGAAAUGUUUCCAGAUCUCAAGACUCGCUCCCUGACUCGUGUACAGUGGCAUCAGCUUCGUCGCCUCAUGGGCAAACCACGACGCUGCUCUCCGACAUUCUUUGCAGAGGAGAGAACUCUCUUGGAGUUUAGGAGAAAGAAAAUAAGACAGCUACAGAGACAAGUGCACCAAGGAAUGAUCAUCUCAGACAACAUGUCCCAGUAUAAGGACCUCCCUGACGAGCUGCCCGCCCUGUUGGUAGUAGGCACCAAGGUAACUGCUCGACUAGCCUCAGCUAGAGAGCAUAAGAGAGGCUUCUACACUGGCACUGUUGAUGCUGUGGACAUCGAUAAACAUCGCUACUGGGUCACUUUUGAUAGGCCAGGCCUCGGAAAUCAUCCAAUCCCAGACACAGAGAUAAGAAGUGCUGAGCUGACAGAAGUGAUCAGUGUGUCCUCACUGGAGGCAUCACAGAAGACACAAUGGCCUCCCAGAGACUUCUUCCAACACAUACAAUCAAGAACACCACCACGCCCCUCCCUGCCAGAAACCUCUAGAAUGUCCAACAGCUUCUUCUCUCCAGACGCUAAGUCAGAUCCUUUUCUUACCUCAUCUCCAGCAAGACGAAAGAUGCUGAAUGACACAACUGCUCUCUCUCAAAUCGCUCCAUCAGAGACACAGGGUAGCUCUGAGAUGUCUGAAGUUGAAGGGCCACAAGUGAUCUUCUUGAAACAAGUGGCUGAGCUGUCAAAGCUGCUACAACUGAAGCAGGAGAAGAUAAAGAAACUGGGCACUUUAAAUAAAGAAGUUGAAAAACUGAAUGCCAGACAGCUCACGGUCACUCCUGAUAUUCAACGGCGCUAUGCACACGUUGUGGUUAACCUGGACGAUGUCAACAAGCAGCUCAAUGCAAGACUAGAGUCAAUACGCACACACUGUGAGUCACUAGGUUUCUCCUCGGAGGUCUAUGGGUCACCUGACUUGAGCACAAUGGAACAAGCCGUGAAGAUCACUGGAGAAUGUAACUCUAAACUUGAGGCAACAGGAAGUGGAGUGAAGGAGCCGAGGCUGGUGAACCUUGUGGGAAACCUAACUGGACUGUUGAUACAAAUAGAAAAGCUGUCAAAGUCUGGCAGUUCACUCGACCUGUCGUCAUUAUCGACCUUUAUGGGAGAAAUUGAGAAAACAGUUCACCCCCAAAACAAAAAAUACUUCCAAGACCGUGUUGAGACCCCCAUUACACUGAUACAGUCUGGUAUGAACCCUGGCGGUACAUUACAUGCCUUCUCCACACGACCUGGCCACAACAGAACUUAUCUGAGACAAGUACCUCCGUAUAGCUAGCUGGCUAGCUGUGUUGUGUGUGUGGUUAUAUAUACAUGUACUUACUUUUCUUCUUCCCCUCUGUUAAUCAUGUGAGUGUCAGUCACAAAACAGAUGCCAUAAUUAAUUAUUAUAAUUAUUGUGUUGCAAUCAGUUAUUUCAUGCAGAUAUCUUUUUUAU